UCCUCCUUCUCUCUUUAUCGCCACCAGAGAGCUGCAGUGCAUCCCCCUGUCCCUCAGAGAGAACCGCAUCUUCUUCAGUCCGACCCGGAGAGUCCGCAGCGGUUUUCCCCUCCUGCAUGACAACAGCUUUAUCCGGCGCUUUUUUUCUUCACGGUUCCGGUAGUCUGAAGGACUGGGAGACACGACCGAAGUCCACUUCUGCCGCACAACUCGCACCGCGCACACGCUUCCAACAUGAGUGAGCUGGCAUCCAAUAACUCGGACAACAGCAGCCAGACGACUGCAGCUGACAACAAAGAGAAGGCAUCAGGGGCAAAGCCUCAGGAACAAGAGGAGGAGGUCGACAUCGACUUGGAGGCACCUGAGACGGAGAAGGCAGCGCUUGCCAUCCAGAACCAGUUCAGGCGUUUCCAGAAAAAAAAGAAGUAGACUGACUGAUUCAAACAAAACCAAAAAAAAAGAAGAAAAAGAAAAAAAAAGCUAUAUUUAUUUCAGCUGAUGUACAGAUAUUCAAUCAACGACUGCUAGUGGUUUUGGGAGCGAUGACGAAAGGAUUUCAAUUGUUCAGGAUUUAUUGUCACAUUAUGCAAAGUGUCAGGAAAUGCCUUUUUGCAUGACGGAUCAGCUAAACGAUGAGGACUUUUUCGUAGGGGCAAGAAAGAGGCUUUAAAAAAAGAAAAAAAAAGCAGCAAAAUAAUUUGGAAUUUAUAAUCUAGCAUGACGAAAUACUGUAACCUCCCGUCACCUCAUUAACCUUUGCAAAUGUCCCCACGUAUCAUCUCCCGUCGCGCACCCGAGCCCUUCUCCCUCCGCUCCUUCUGCACACACAAAACCCAGCUCAGCACACACAAACACACACGGUCUGCAUAGCAACAAACAUCUCCAUUAUGACUUGACACAACAACAAGCACAGUCAGUUAAUGAAACGACAACAACGCAAUGAAAGAAGGGAAGCACACUCUCCGGUUUCUAGGUUUGUUCCGUUACUCUCUGUCUGCCUCUGUCAGGACAAAAAUAUCAGCAAGUAACCGUUCUCAGGUGUAAAAAAAAAAAAAUCACCUCUAGAGCCGGCCAGAUAUUGGAUAUCCGCUGCAUGCCAGUCUGAUCUCACAGGUGACGAAGGUGGUGGUCAUGGAAACUGGCUGCUAACUCCCUCAGUUGGAGGCAGUUUCCUGCAGGAGGUGCUUAAUGAGUGAUGGGAAGUUGAGGGACUUCAUGCUUACACAAGUCAUUAAUCCCACACAGUGCAGCAAAUGACUGACACAUUAGCGAUCAAGCGUUCGUGUGUCAACAGCUACUGCAACUUUAAAUAGCCUUUCAGAAGCACAAGGUGCUGGUGACACGUUCGGCUCGACAGUUUAUUCAAUAUUUACGCAGGUUUUUAGAAACGAUAGCAUGUCGGCUCUACUUUGAAAGCUAAAUUGUUUUUGAGAGAAUCUAUAGCCUAGGACUGCUUUAGCCAUCCACAGGAGCUUUUUUGUGUUUGUAAUGUCAACAUUUCCAUAAUGUUACCUAGUUGUUUUUUGGGGGAGGGGGGUUUAAUGGAGGGAAAAAGUUAUCUACAAAUAUGUAGAGGGGUGCAACAAGGCUUGGUGUUAGCCCCCCCAACACCUCUAACCUCUUUGGUUACUGUCCAUAUUGUCCAUAAAUUCAAUAAGCAGAAUGUCCUCUUUUGACCAAAACAAUAUGCUUGCUUUUGAACCAGUUUGGUUUAGUCUUAAAAAACGUGGGCUGUAGUAUUGAAGGUAAAUUUAAGGCGCACUGUGGCCAACCUUUCUCCUCUGGUAUGCUGGAUUUGUGCCGUCAAACUGUUUUAGCAACUUACAUUCCAUUUUUAGCAAAUUGUAGUUUACCAAAUAUAGACUCAUCAAUAUUUCUCAAAAAACAUUGCUUUCCCUGGCUGGUAAAAUGGUAAAAUACUACACACUUCUUUCUCAACCAGCUUGCUAAAUACUGUAAUUUUAGCUUUAUGAUUUGGAUAUUCCUUAUCUGGAGAAUGCCGACGCGUGUUCGCAUGUUAUCCAGCAUGUAACUUAACAUGUAGAUAUUUCCUAAAAUCAUAAUAAAGUCUUCUACCUUUCCCUUAGUGUUUGCUUUGGACCCAAGUUUGUGCAAAUAUUUUGCACUUUUGAGUUUCUAGCAUUCAGAUUUUCUCGUAGUGAUUUCACCUAAAAUCGGGGAAAUUUCAAACACCACCUAAAACGAGCUCAACUUUGCGAAGCCUUUUAUGGGUAACUACAAAUUAAAAUGAAAUGUAACGGAAUGUUUGAAAAAGUACUUGUGAAUGAUUGAGGAAUGUAAAUUCAAUCACAAAACAAAAUUUAAAAAGUAAUUGGAUGAAAACUAAAAAUCCGUUUAUUAUUGUAGGUUGGUGCAUUGAUGAGCUGGCCCUUCGUUACUUCUCCAAGACCCAAAACGCUUAAACAAAAAUCGCCCACAGUGGAGAACUCUCAACCUCACUUAGUUUCAGGUUACUCAGAGCCACAGCAGGUAACUUAAACCUCUGCAUCCUUAAAUAAACUCUUGAUAAUGACAGAGUAGACAGCAGCCAUGACCCAAGGUCCCGUCACUAUAAGGUCAGUCAUACUGCAGUGGUUGACCGGAGAGUAAAGGAAACAGAAAACACUACUGCUUUUUUUAGUCUUAUUCAAAUUUACAGCACAAAAAAUAUAAGCACAUUAUUCCUACAUUGCACAUGUACUGUACAUACAUAUAAAACAUAUAUACAAUAAAUACUCUUCCUGCACCCCUCCAAUGUAUGUAGCACACUGAACUGCUUCUAAAGGCCACAUUUCUCUACACUGCUAUAAUAAUACUCUUACUAAUUAAAUGAAUUAUUAUUGGAAUCUAACCUCUUUUCUAUAUUGAGGACAGAAAGUGGCCACAUUUCUCCCUCACUAUCCCCCUGUUUCACUUUCUACAUGAAAACGAUUUGUUGGAGACAUCAUCCGAGUUUGAUAUCAAGCUCUUUUCUCCUCUACAUGGAACUGACCUGGAAAUCUUUGCCCUUCUCAGAAAGUACCCAAGGUUCAAAAUAAACUAUAUAAAUAAACAGAAAUUAGGAGAAAUUAAUUACCAUACCUUCCAAGCACAAUAGUUCCUGACGUUGUGACCAGCUGUCAAAGUUUAGCCUCAAAACAUAAACUUAUAUUUAGACUUUUCCAGUUUGUAGGUCCAGUCUGAAACUACCCAACAGAUAUUUGAUCAAAUUCAAACUCAGUGAGUUUGUUAGCUCAAUCCCAACAACUUGUCAGUAAGAUAUAUAUAUCUCUUCAUUUUUCAGCUUCUUUCACAUUAUCUUUGUCAAAGGCAUCUUUCCCAAGUCUUAGCAGGAAAUGAAGCUAAAAACUCAAAUAUUUGUGUAAAAUUUCAAAAAGUCGUAAUUUUUACCAGUUAUCAUAAUUGAUGUUUUAUUUUUUUUCCAGUCACAAUUUUCUGACACAUUUUUGUGAUUUACUCAUGAUAUGUUAGCUCGUCGACUGAAGGAAACAUCUGGAAAUGUUGAGAAUUAGCUGUUGGCAUCACAAGAGUUUACUCCAAGUCCCAGGCAGAGCUGUCUUUAAAAAAUUAGUAUAAUUUUUUUUGCAAACUACAAAAGAAAUUAUACUAAUAAUUUAUUUUCCUAUAAAGACAUAGCUAAGCUUAGUCCAUGAUGAUCGCUAAUAGGGUUUUAGCAUUAGAACAAUAGGCUAAUGGGUCAGGCCACAAUUUAAAGCCCAAAAUUAAAUAAAUUUGAUUUCCCUUUGGGAUCAAUACAGUAUUUUUAUUUAUUUAUUUAUUUUUUAGGAAGAGCUAAAAAGAAUUUUCAGGUUUAUAUUAUGAAGAAGUUCCACACUUGAAGUUCUUAGUCAGACCCAAACUUGGCUGGCAGACGCAUGUUCACAUCAACACUACAGAAAAACUCAAACAAAGCAACGUUCACGUGAAACAUGUCUGCUCUGUUGUUAACGCAGACAUGUUUUGUCACUGUUCAGACUCUCUGUCAGGAGAGGCUGUAAAUAGCUACCUGGUAGAAUUUAAAGGACCUUAAUGUUGCUUGGCAACUGAGUCAGCUGAAGAAGUAACGCCAAGCCGGUCAUUUCAAUGUGAAAUGUGACUUGUGAUAAGCCCGCAGAAAGCCGAGCCAGUGAGAUCAGCACAGAGAGCUGACCUGCCAGCGAGAGGUUUCCAGUUCAUCUGGAGCUCCACAAGGGGAGAGAGGAGUUUGGAUCAAAUUCACCAUAAGAGAAAAAAAUAAAAAUAAAACAUAAAGCCAUUAACGUUUCACGUCUUCAUUAUCAAGUCUGCAUGCAGUCAAAUCUUAAAGUACAAUGAAGUCUAUCUACGUUCUACAACAAUCAAGCAGAGAAUUUCACGUUUUCUCUGCGAUAUAAUAGCCAGUACUCCAAUACCUUACUGUGUAUUAGACUUAUGAAUUGUUAAUAAGCCAUUUGUAUGGGUGCACUUUGCUUACUUAGCUACUGUGGUAAUCACAAGAUAGAUGCUCCUGCAUUUCAGCAUGUUUAAAGUGUAACUAUGAGCAUUAACAAGAUGUUUCAGGUCAGAUCUGCCAAGAACUCAUAUCCAUGUUUUUAUUUACAAUUUUUUUUAAAUGCAUAUCCAUUCCACUGGUUUUUUUAGCUGGUUUUUUUUAGACUUUUAGCUCCUGCUUUCCAUCCCAGAGCAUGUUAGGUCACUUGUUUUUUCUUUUUUUCCCCUUUACGUCUUUCUUUUUUCAAAGCUGUGUUUUUUUUUUUUUUUUUUUUUUGCUUUGUUAGCUUGACCUCAUUCCACUUUUCCCCCCCGAAGGCAGCCAAACGCGGGGUUCGCCGAGCACAGCUUGCUCACCGCGAAUGAGGAAAGGCUGGGGCGGAAUUAAAAGCCCGUCUCAUGGCCGCGGUCAUGAAUGGAGCAUCCAUGCGUGCGCUUCAUCCGAGAUGGCUUGAGUAAGGUCCCCUACAUUCCCAAAACCCUCCUGACGCUGCGCAGAUCAGAUCUCGGCGAAAGGCGGCCGAGGCUUUUUGUACAUAAUGUUCACACUCCCCCAAUGUUUGGACGCCGUCUCCCUAAGAUCCACGCUGGCGUGUUAUGCUCCUCUGUUUGCAUAUGCUUAUCUUCAUCCACUUCUUAUUCUGCUUGAGAAGAGUCUUAGUGAUAGGGAGAAGUAAUUGUUGUGGUAUGCACAAAGUGGAUUUUUGGGGCUCAGCUUUACAGCCUAGAGAUGACAUCUAAGCCAUACUUUAGAGAACAAAAGCAUAUAUUUAGAUAACCUCUUCUUGCACAUUCCUUCUUUUAUGUUGUCUGCCAAGAAGCUGUGAUGCAACCCCCCUCCCAAAACGAACACGUCGUCUCCCCCUACCAAACGCUACAAAAAUAUGGAUCUUUCCCAUAAAUUGUAGGCUGCUGGACUUUAAACACAAGAAGAGCACCAGUGGGGGAUCCAGCUCGCGUCAGAGAUGAUUGUAAGCACACGAAGUGUGGCGAGUCAGCGAUCUGUGUUCUUUCAGGGAGGCAUCCAGCAAUCAGGAAGCUCGACAGACCCCACCACCCCCUUCUCUCGACCCACUAAAAUUCUUACCGCAUCAUUAGUUCUUCUACCAUAAUCGAUGAAUUAUUUAUUACUGCUUUUCUGUAACUUAUGUGGAUACCUGUGUUGUUGUGAUCUUCUCCAACUGUUGUGUUCUGACGUGAAGGCAUGUGAAAUCCAUAUUUGUAUGUUUAAGACAAUAAAUUUCCCUUCUGUAUACUGACA